GGGAGUUUACCCUGGAUCGCGGACCUCUGGAUCUGGCAGAGGCGGACGGCAGUCGCAGUUUGGACGACAUGCCUCUGCUGCAGGUGGUGCGGCUGCAGCAGCUGUACCGGCGCUGCUGUAACGACCGGGAGGCAACAAGAAUACUGGUGAAGAUCCAUCAACGUGUGGCCCUGCCAUGUGCCACCUUCCUCUUCGCCCUCCUUGGAGCUCUCUUCGCCGCCCAGCUGCAGAUCAGAAAGCGGCAGGUUGGCUUCGCUCUUGCGGUGUUUGUCAUAUUCACCUACUACUCUCUCUCUGUCACCGGCGUCCUUCUUGCCCAGUCCGCUGCUGGGUGGAUGGCUGCCAAAUCUCGUGGGUGCUUCACACUGGCUGCUGGUGGUGCUGGUGCUGUUGGUGUUGGUGUUGCUGGUGCUGGUGCUGGUGCUGUUGGUGUUGCUGCUGCUGUUGGUGGUGAAGCAGUGGGGCUUGAAGUAAUAGGAGGAGGUGAGAUGUCUGGUGGUGGUGGGGAUGGUGGUGGUGGUGAUGGUGGUGGUGGGGAUGGUGGUGGUGGUGAUGGUGGGGAUGGGGAUGGUGGUGGUGGGGAUGGUGGUGGGGAUGGUGGGGGUGGGGAUGGUGGUGGUGGGGAUGGUGGUGGUGGGGAUGGUGGUGGUGGGGAUGGUGGUGGUGGGGGUGGUGAUGGUGGUGGUGGGGACGGUGGGGGUGGUGAUGGUGAUGGUGGGGAUGGUGGGGGUGGGAAUGGUGGGGGUGGGGAUGGUGGUGGUGGUGAUGGUGAUGGUGGGGAUGGUGGGGGUGGUGAUGGUGGUGGUGGGGACGGUGGGGGUGGUGAUGGUGGGGAUGGUGGGGGUGGUGACGGUGAUGGUGGGGAUGGUGGUGGUGGGAGUGCUGUGGAGGAGGGGAAAAUGGAACAGAGGGAAAGGAAACAGCAACUUUAG